UUUUAAAUAUGAUUGGCUCCCGGUCGUGAUGACAAAUACGGUGGGUGUGGUCUAAUUUCUGACAAGUAUCAACGUUACACGUCCAUGCUUCAAUCUGAAAUGGUGCGGUCGGGUAAAUAAAUAGUGCAGUGCGUCGUAGCUUACUUUAAUUGUAUUUGUUACCCUUUAGUGUUAUGAUAUCGAUAUUGUCACCAUCAGUAUAUUAGUUGUGUUAGCUAUACUACAGCCAGUAUGUUGACCGGAUGCCUGAGAAAAGGAAGUAAAUCCACCAGGCUGAAGAUAGCACUCAUGCUCUUAGUAUUGAGUUGUCAAUUCGUCCAUGUUCUCAGCGAAAAAUCUUCCUCUGCUCUGACUGUUGUGGAGAGUACUGAGACCAGCCUGGAUGAUGAGGAUGCCCACCACAUGGAGGAAGAGGGAGAUCCUGAGGAUUUGGAGGUGUUCCAUCCCACGGAUCAGUGGCAGACUCUCAAACCAGGCCAGGCGGUCCCAAGGGGCUCUCACGUAAGGCUAAACCUCCAGACAGGACAGAGGGAGGUCAAACUUGGGGAACACCAGAUUCUCAAAGACCAGAUAGAUGGACAAAGACAGGGGAAGGAGAACACACCAGGCCCAUCCUUCAGUGCUGAGGAGCUGAAGAAGGCUCUGAAAAAUAUAAAAGAAGGAGUGGAUCCUGAAACUAGUGACAAAGAAGAGAAGGAGGCUCUCAGGGCCCAGUUUCGUCCCAUGGAGGAGCUGAAAAGAGACAUGGCCAAGCUGGACAUGCUGAUGGAGUCAGACUUCCAGGUUAUGAGCAGACUGGUGUCCCAAUUCAAUUGCUCAAAUGCCACUGUGGAGGAGAAGAUGAAAGCUCUACAUGACAUAGAGUACCUUGUUCAUCAGGUGGACAAUGCACAGAACCUGGCAUCUAGGGGAGGAUUGAAGCUUGUGGUUGAUGCUUUGAACAGCACAGACUAUCGCCUUCAGGAGAGUGCUGCUUUCGUCUUGGGGUCAGCUCUGUCAAGUAACCCGGUAGUGCAGGUGGAGGCAUUUGAAAGUGGUACCCUACAGAAGCUGUUAAUGUUACUCGCCACUCCACGACCCAUGUCUGUUAAAAAGAAGGCGUUGUUUGCUGUGGCCUCUUUGCUACGUCACUUCCCCUUUGCCCAAAGCCACUUCCUGAAGCUGGGUGGGCUGCAGGUGUUGGGGGAUAUUUUCCGAGCUUCCGGAGGCGGGGCUGUCCGUGUGCGGAUUGUAACCAUAAUCUAUGACAUGAUCAAUGAAAAGGAGCUGAUCUCUCAGACUGGACUUGACCCCAUUCCAGAUGCUUCUCACAACGAGCGUUUGCGGCAGUACGCACAGGUCUCCCUCCAGCCACUGUUGGCAGAGCAGGGCUGGUGCAGCCUGGUGCCUGAACUGUUGGCCUCCCCAGAGCACGACUGGAAGGAGAAGGCCCUGAGAACUAUCCUGGCCAUGAUGCCUCACUGCCAGACUCAAUAUCGGCAGGACAAUGCCCUGUCUUCCUCCCUCAGCGCCCUACAGGAGCAGUACCAGGAGCUGGUGCUCACAGAGCAGGUCCUCGGAGACGAGGAUGGAUACUUUGGGGAGAUCCUGGCCCUGUUGGAGACAGUGGUGCUGAAACUGAAGUGAGCAUAGGGCUGGGUGAAAAAACCCAUCAAAGGACAAUAAAAACAAGUCUGCAGUUCUGUAAUGUAACAUUUUUAUUUUGAGGCUGUGUGAUAUGAUCACACAUCUGCAAAUCACAAGGUUGCCUUUUAGUUGCUGCCUCAAGAGGGCUUAGCCUUCCUUACACCUUUUUUCUACAUCUGUGAUGCAUCAUGCUUUGGCUUGUCUCAAAAUAAGGCUCUCCAGUCUUCCCUGAGGAAUACAUUUAGCUGGGCUAAAGGACAUUAUUUUCCCUUAUGACAUUUGUGUUUCUUAUUGCCCACUAAUGUGAGACUGGUGCCCAUGUGGGUGGCGGGUAGAGCAUUGGGUCAGUAACUGAAAGGUUACUAGUUCUAAUCCCGAGCUGACUAGGUAAAAAAGCUGCCGAUCUGAUCUGCCCAUGAGCAAGGCACUUAACCCUAAAUGCUCCAGGUUUGGCUGAUCCCAUGCCGUGACCCCACUCUCUGAAGGUGUCUCAGGGGGAGUGGGAUAUGCAACAAAAACAUCCAUUUCACACCACACACUUUUACAUGUGUGAAACGGGACAAAUAGAAGCACCCCUUAUUUGACCUGCUGUUAACAGUAAUGAAAUCAGAACUAUAUUGAACAAAAAUAUAAACGCAACAAUUUCUACGAUUUUCCUGAGUUACAGUUCAUAUAAGGAAAUCAGUCA